AUGAACGGCAGUGCACUCCAUGGCAAUCUCCAUACCCACGUCGUGGACAGCGCCGUCGACGUUGCGAGCCACGAGCGGCUACGGCUCAAGAUCCAGCCCAGUCCGCCCAAGUUCCCGUACCGAAACGGCCCGUUCGACCUCACUGUGUACCUCGUGGACCCCAGCGACCACCUCAAGUCGGGCGUGACUGUGCCGCUCAAGGUCGAGCUCUACGCGGCCGAGAAGAUGGUGCCCGUGGAGAAGGCCAUUUUGCACCUCGACCCGAGUACAAAGCCCGUGAUGGACGGCGACGGCAUCUGCCGCCUGCGCUUGAGCAUCAGCGAGUGCUCGAUGGCGCUGGGCAACCGCAAGUUUGUGCUCCAGAUCUCGGCGGCGCCGUCGAAAGAGACGGUGAACCUGAACGUGACGCCCGCCGUGACGUCCGAGAUGACGGUCAUUCAGCACCGGCUCCUGAUUCAAGAGAAGCUGCCUGAGCUCUGGUACAAGGACGAAGGCGGGCGGGACAAGUGCAUGAUGCUGCCCAUUUACCUCGUCAACGCCAAGAACGAGCGCGUGGGGAAUCGCCCCGUGCCACUGCGUGUGACGCUGCUCUACGAGAGUGAACACCCUGUGCUGAAGCAGGACAUCCUCAAGAUGUCGCCCGACUGCCAGCGCACGAUCGAUGCCACUGGCAUGGCCGUGCUCAAGCUGCGGAUCGAAGACGUGUCGAAGAACCAUCAGGGCCAAGCGUUUCGUCUCAAAGUAGAAGCCGACACGGCGCAGUCCCCGCUCAACUUUGACGUGGCCUACGACCUGAGCUCGUCCAUCUCGGUACGCUCGAAGCGCAACAAGCGUCGACCUGGCAAGAUUGCCCCGGCGCAGAUCACACAUCACAUCAUCAACGGCGCGUCGACACCGAUGUCGACCACGUCGUCGCCCGCUUCAAACGCCGACCACGAGAUGAUGCUGGCUGGCGCUUUUGGCUCCGCUGCGUUUACAGCCGAUGAUCGGCGCAAAAGGAUGCGCGCUGGAGGCAGCACGUCUCCUGGUACUCCACGAGUCGGUGGCAGUCCUCGAUCGAGCAAUUCGCUAACUGGUGCCAUGGAAAGCAUUUUAACUUGGACUGGCGGAGUUGUGAACGGACUCCACCAAUUGGAAUGGCAGACGGUCGGAUACGAAAGCAAGAGUGACGGUGCGGCCGACCCGGAACGACCUAUUUAUCGCUGUCCAGCGUGCUGGCGCUACAAAGACGUCAUGACAUACGAAACGGCCCAGCACGAUACGAAAUGCCUGAUUGCAAAUCUUUUGCUCACAUAUGCGACGGACACCAUGGGGCACCUCGACUUUGUGCUGAAAGGAAUCGAGCGGUUUCCAGCAAUGAUUGCUAGUGCGCAGGCCGCUGCUCAAAAAGCCGCAGUGAAACCAAUGGGGCACAUGUCACACCAGAACGCCGGAGGGCCGUCACUUGUAAGCCCACAGAAUGGUGGGAUGCUGAGCGUAAAUCCGCUUGUGGACAGUGCUUCGUCCAAUCAGCAAAUGAUGAGCCCGGCUGUGAUGAUGAAUACUGGUACUAUGGGAUCUACUGCCUCUUCGAACCAGUUUUCGAUGAACAACAGCUCGUCGGGGAUCGCCGUGGCGACGUCGGACACUAUGAGCGGCCUGAAUGGAAUUGAGGGUCCUCCUGGUUUAUUCCGCAAUAACUCGGGUGGGCUCUCAGAAUUUAUGCGCUCGUUAGAUGACCAAGACUCAAAUGAUCCGAUGUUUUACCAGAACCUUGGUAGCAACAGUAACAGCAGCCGCAAUGCCACUGGCAACCAGAUCGCCAAUGCCAUCGAGAUGCAGGUGUUCUACGUCGUGGCGCGCAUGGUCACGCUGAACGCCAGCAACGCGAUCGGCUUUCCGGCCUUUGACGUAAGCAUGAACCUCUUGGGGUUCUACCAAGAAGGUCGUGAGAAUGCAACGACUGAGGUGGUAUUCGUACCGGUGAGCGACAUCCCAGCCAUUUCUCAAGGCGAGAUCGUAGAGACCCAGCGGCUGCUACAAGCAGAAAUGAAGAUCAACAGCUCCGCGGUGCACACGCUCGCAAGGUGCAACAACGACCUGGUGAAGCUGAAGGAAGACGUGAUCCUCUUCCACUGGAACGCAAAGGACCGAAUCACUCCGAAGUGGUAG